AUGGCGACGAUUAUUACCACGGUUAGUGCUUACCAGUUUAUUCCUGCAAUAUUCAAGGCUCUUAGCAGCAAUGGAGACGAGCAGGCCAUUGCAGAAGCUUCUGAGCAACUUCAAAUCCUAGAAAACGAACUCGCGGUCAAAGGUAAGAAGUUCUUCGGAGGUGACAACAUUGGACUGGUUGAUAUYGCUGCCGAUUUCAUGGCGUAUUGGCUUGGAAUAAUCGAAGAAGCAGCUGGAAUAAAGUUGGUCAAGGAAGACAAGUUUCCRAAAAUAACCGAAUGGGCUGAUAACUUUGCCAACAGUCCAGCUGUCAAGGAAAUCUUACCUCCAAGAGAACAUCUGCUUGGGUUCUUCAAGGCAAAGUACGGAAAGGCGUAA